AACGUGGAACAUUUAUAUACUUUGAAUUGUCUACGUAUUCAGUUUGAAUUUCGAUAGUGUAGUGCGUGCCAGGUGGAAUUACCAAUAACUUCAACAUGAGUGUCAUCCAACUAGAAACCGAAGAUAAACUCGAAUACAACUUCUUCCCGAACUCGUGCGGCUUCGUCCAGUUCAGGGUGAAGGCUGCGAACGAUGCCCACAUCGCUCUGACGACCUCCGCGGCCGAGAUGGAGCCCAUGUACGAGAUCUUCAUCGGCGGUUGGGGCAACUCCAAGUCCAUCAUCCGCAAGAACAGGACCAAGCCGGAGGUCGCCGAGGUGCCCACGCCGGGCAUCCUCAACCCCAACGAGUUCCGCGGCUUCUGGAUCCGCUGGGAGAACGGCAACAUCUCCGUCGGCAGGGAGAACGAGGUGCCACCCUUCCUCAGCUGGACCGACUACGAGCAGAUCAACAUCCAGUACGUGGGGGUAUGCACCGGGUGGGGUGCUAACGGUUCUUGGGUGAUCGAACCGCCAAGAGGUGGUGGAGGCUACCCGUCUGCCCCAUCAAACUACACUGCCCCCCCAUCCAACAUGUCUUCGGUCUGUUGGGCGGCAGCUAGGAACGGCCAGGUACCCCCCAGAGCUUUCGCCGGCGGCGAAGACAACGGAGAGCCUGUGUACGUCGUCAGAGCCCAGUUCAACGGAGCCCUGAUCCCCGGCAAGCUGGUCCCGAGCCACGGAGUCUGCUACAUCCCCUGGGGGGGCGCCGAAAAUGCCGUCCCCGAGUACGAGGUGCUAUGCGACUUCCCCGGGCAGUGGAUCGCCUGCUCCGGGGGAAAUAUCCCCCCGAACGCUCUGACCGCAGGGCAGAGCGAGGACGGGGAGCCCCUCUACGUAGGCAGGGUUGUUAACGAUGGGGCUUUGACUGUAGGGAAGGUCCAGCCCAGCCACGGGGUGUGCUACAUCCCCUACGGAGGGCAAGAAAUGUCUUUCGGCGACUACGAGAUACUCGUACAAUAAAUUAGACUGAGGGAGUUCGAUGCUUUGAAUGUGCUGCCUAGGAUUCCUGUCCAUAUGUGCGUAGAGGGCGUAGCACUCGACAAUAUAUACAAGCAUGGCUUUUCUAGGUGCCUUCUAGUUAUUGAGGAAUCUCUUUAUUUUUCAUAUAUAUCUAAGUGUUACUUGGAAUUUAACCGUUGUCAAAGUUUUAUUUAUUGUUUCUCAAAAUGGAAAUUGUUCAAUUCACUUUCUGAGUAAUCUAGUUCAAUACAUUUUUAUAAGUAAAAA